AUGUUGAAUCUUCUUCUCCUGUUCUUGUUGCCUCUCCUUCUUGGGGCAGCGUCAUCGCAUAGUGUGGUGGCGACAGACGACCAUCUGCUAGAUCUACAAACAUAUUCCCAUGUUUCAAAGUAUGAUAUCCCCCUUCUUGGCUCUAAUGGGUCCUCUCUGUUCCCCAUGCGCCCAUGCGGGGGAAUUCAACUGGAGGAGGCGAGCAUCGACGACCUACAAAGACACCUGUCCGCGGGGAGAUUAACCAGUGUUCAAUUGCUUGGCUGUUAUCUGGAUCGGAUAUUCCAGGUGGAUGGCUAUCUCAAUGCGAUCCUCCAGCACAACCCCGACGCGUUCGCUAUUGCAGAGGCGCUGGAUGCUGAACGUGCACGUGGAAAAACCCGCGGUCCGCUACAUGGUAUUCCGUUCAUAGUAAAAGAUAACAUCGCGACCAAAGAUCGGAUGGAGACGACCGCGGGCAGCUGGGCUCUUCUCGGCUCCGUGGUGCCACGCGACGCGUUUGUUGUGCGUCAACUGCGCAAAGCUGGAGCUUUGUUGCUGGGAAAGGCCGCUCUGAGCGAAUGGGCCGACAUGCGGUCGAACAAUUAUUCCGAAGGAUAUUCUGCUCGCGGAGGCCAGUGCCGGAGUGCCUACAAUCUCACCGUCAACCCGGGAGGCAGCAGUUCUGGCUCUGGGGUAGCUGUCGGGGCCAAUCUUGUGCCUUUUGCUCUUGGCACCGAGACGGAUGGAAGUGUCAUCAACCCGGCACAGCGGAACGCGAUCGUGGGAAUUAAACCGACGGUGGGCCUCACUUCACGCGAUGGAGUGAUCCCGGAGUCACUGCACCAGGAUACAGUCGGCGUGUUUGGGAAAACAGUCCGCGAUGCAACCUAUGCACUGGACGCUAUCUAUGGUAUCGAUGCUCGGGACAAUUACACCUCCGCUCAGAGAGGACGCACGCCUGUAGGCGGCUACGCACAGUUUGUAACCGAUCGAUCGGCCCUGAAAGGAGGAGUCUUCGGUCUACCCUGGGAAUCUUUCUGGCGGUUCGGUGAUCCCAGCCAGAUAUCUCAACUACUGGAACUAGUUGAGCUGAUCCGAGCAGCCGGUGCUACAAUCAUCAAUGGCACCGAGUUGCCUCAUUAUCGGCAAAUUGUGUCGCCGGAUGGAUGGGAUUGGGACUACGGAACCCGGCGCGGCCAUCCCAAUGAAUCUGAGUAUACCUAUGUGAAGGUUGACUUCUAUAAUAACAUCAAAUCCUAUUUAUCAGAAUUGAAAAAUACCAACAUGCGUUCUCUCGAGGACUUGAUCGAGUAUAACAAAGCGAACUUCGGCACCGAGGGUGGCUAUCCUGGUAUUCAUCCAGCAUUUGGGUCUGGACAAGAUGGAUUCGAAGCGUCCUUGGCAACCAAGGGCGUCAUGGAAGAAACAUAUUGGCAAGCAUUGGAGUUUUGCGGACGCACCACACGCGAGGAGGGGAUCGAUGCCGCCUUGAAGCAUGGGAAUCGAACCCUGGACGGUCUGUUGGUACCGCCAGAUGUUGCGCAGAGCAUCCAAAUCGCUGCACAGGCAGGAUAUCCGGUGAUCACCAUCCCAGCCGGAAUCAACGAAAAAUCAGGAAUGCCAUACGGCCUCGCAAUCCUGCAGACUGCAUUUGCUGAGUCGACUUUGAUUAGAUAUGCAAGCGCCAUCGAAGACCUCCAGGCGGCUCGCAGGACCCGGUGGAGACGUAGUCUUCCAGAAUGGCGGGGAUACAUGACUCGCAACCUCCCAGUGAACAACGCAUAG